AAAUUAACGAUUUGGAUGUUGUAUGAAUGAGAAUUUAAGUAAUGUGUGCUAGAUGGGCUAGAUGGCGGUGGUGAAUUUUAAAUGAAAUUUGAUUAAUAAUUUAUUUAAUGUAAUUGUAACAUACAAUGUUGUAAUAAUAACGUUUAUAAAUGUUAUGUAAUUAAUUUACUUAAAAAAGGAUUGUAUAAAACCAGGAGAGGAUUUCACAUAACCUAAAAGACAAAUUUGACAUAUCUGAUAAGAUAGUAUGUCAAAACUAAUAUAAAUAUACGACUUAAAUCUGUUUAAAACUUAAUUUUAGUUAAAAGUAUAGAUACUAUGGCUUUACCGGAAAAUACGUCUCAAGAGAAACCCCCUAAUGAACCGCAAAAACAUGAAAAACGUGAAAAACCAUCUACAAAAGUGAUCGUUCGAAGAUUACCCCCUUCAAUGACUUUGGAAGAAUUUCAAACGCAAGUAUCUCCGCUUCCUGAUUACGAUUAUAUGUAUACAGUAAAAGGUGAUAUGUCUUUGGGAGAAAAUUCAUUUUCCCGUGUUUAUAUUAAUUUUUGUAACACAGAAGAUAUUUUUAUGUUUAAAGAAAAAUUUGAUAAUUACGUUUUUGUUGAUGGGAAAGGUCAUGAAUACGCCGCAGUUGUAGAAUUUGCCUCAUUUCAAAAAAUUCCCAAAAAACGAGGCAAACCUAGACCCGAUCCUAAAUUAGCAACAAUCGAAUCUGACCCAACAUAUAUAGACUUUGUUGAAUCUUUAAAAAGACAACCUAAUCAAGAUGAGAAAGUUGAAUUUUCUUAUCAACCCUCUGCAGAUAAUAAAAACGAUGGUAGCACACCUUUAUUAGAUUAUAUAAAGCAAAGAAAAUUGGAUAGAUUAAAAUCGAGGGAAGAGAAACGCGAAGAACGACGCCGCCGCGAAAUAGAAAGAAAAAAAAUUCGUGAAGAAGAAAAAAGGAAACGAUUUGAAGAAAAUUCCCCAGGAAAAGCUGUUACUAUAAAACAGAGCAAAACUGAUUUAGAGAAAAUCCCCGAAGAAAAGAAAAAUAAAGAAGAAGAAAAAGCACCUGAAAAAACCACAUUUAAAACGAAGGAUUUUAAAGUUCCAAAUAAAACUAAACCAAAAUACAAUAAAUUUGAAUAUGAAAAACGUGAUUAUAAAUCGCGAACUGGUUAUAAUCGUCAUUAUGAUGAUACUAGGAAAAGAGAUGAAUCCAAAAAAGGUGGUUCAAAAGAAACUGAUGAACAGAAACCACCCACUUCGGCUAAAAAGGGAAAAAAAUAUAGUGAGAGAAGAGAAGAACGAAAAAUGGAAGUAAAAAAAGCAGAAGCUGAAAAAGAGGGAAUUUCAACUGAAGAAACAAUAAAAAAAGAUGUUGAAGAAAAAGGGAAAGAUAAAGAAGAGAAGGUAACAGAAGAAGAUAAAACUGAAGAAAAGAAAGAAGAUAAAGAAAAAAAAUUGGAAAAGAGAAGUGUAAAAGAUGAAAAAGAAGAAAGGAGUGACGAUCAAGAUAAAGUUAAAAAUAAAGAAAAUGAUCCCAGAGUUCAAAGAAGAAUUAGAAAUAAAGAUCGCCCAACUAUGCAAUUAUACCAACCUGGAAUGUUAUCAAAAAGAAGACAACAAGAAGAUGACAAAGAUGUUAAAGAAGUCAAAGAUGUAAAAGAAAAUAAAGAUGUGAAAGAAAUUAAAGAUGUUAAAGAAGUGAAAGAUAUCAAAGAACAAAAUAAGGAUUUAAAUUAAAUACAUUUUAGAUUAAAAAAUUAUUAAUUUAAUAAGAGAUUAUAUGUUUAAAAUAAA